CCGGCCGUCACGACGGUCCCGCUCUCCGCCGGCGCGGCGCGGCUGGAGGCCAUGGGGCGGAUGGAGAGCCUGCUAGCCUCGAACGCGACGCCAGACUACAACUCCACGGCCGACUCCGGCAGCUGGGAGUCGACGACGUCCAGCGGGGAGGCGAGGCCACGGGGAUCGGACAACGACACCACCGUCGACAUGAGCGUCGACUUCGUCACCCAGAGGACUCGGGGAAGGGCGGCGCCUCCCCCCGGGCCGCUCGCGCGCGCCGAGGCCGCCGAUGAGGACGACGACGACGACGAUGACGACGGCGAGUGGUGGGACGAGACGUCGAGCACCUGCCGCCUCAUGCAGAUCAACACCCGCUCCGCGGCCGUGCGCAUCGCGGCCGAGGUGCUCCUCACCUUCGGGGCCGUGCUCUACAUCACGGCGGCGCUGCGCGAGGCGCGCUUCCUCGGCCUGCACAUGUUCAUAGAAAACCUGAUGACGGCCCCGUCUCGCGUCAUGUUCCUGUUCUCGUGCCUGUGCAUGCUGAGCAUGCCCUGGCUGCGGAUCGCCUGCGAGGAGGAGAAGGAGGACAUCGUGGCCGUCAUCAUCAUGCUCACCACCUCGCCCUACUUCCUCUUCUUCUGCAGGGGAUUCAAAACAGUCGGCCCCUUCGUCGUCAUGAUCUACCGCAUGGUCAUGGGAGAUCUGCUUCGGUUCGUGACUAUCUACCUCGUCUUUGUCAUGGGCUUCUCCCAGGCGUACUACAUCAUCUUUCUCACCUUUGACAACCCGCUUACGCCCGACGGCGUCGACGACACCGUCUCCAACCCCAUGCCGUCCCCAUCAGAGUCCGUCAUGGCCAUGUUCCUGAUGUCUCUCACAAACUUCGGCGACUACUACGGAGCUUUCGAGCGCACCGAGCACGAGAUAGAAGCUAAAAUUUUGUUUGUGGUGUUCAUGGCCAUCGUGGCCAUCCUGCUCGUCAACAUGCUCAUCGCCAUGAUGGGCAACACGUACCAGAAGAUUGCCGAGACGCGCAACGAGUGGCAGCGCCAGUGGGCUCGCAUCGUGCUCGUGGUGGAGCGAGGCGUCAACCCGGCCGAGCGGCUGCGCAAGCUCAUGUGGUACUCGCAGCCCAUGUCCGACGGCCGACGCGCCCUCGUCCUGCGCCUCAACCAAACGGAAGAAGAUAAGGAGGAAAUGAAAGAAAUUCUGGAGAUGAAGAGAGUGCACAUUCGCCAGGUUCAAAAGCGGAAGCUAAAAGGGAAACGGCCGUCAACGAUACCAACAAGUCCAAAGAAAAUCGACCUCUCUCUAUAAAUUACGCUGGCACACAGUUCCUAAAUGAAAUUGAAGGAUCGCUCACACGGUCAUAGAAGGGUAUUGUAGGUUGUAAGUGAUUACAACAGACUCAUUUCAAUAGAAAAGUAUAAUUUUUACAUUCUACAAAUGUACAUAUUUUUUACACCCUGUAAUAUCCUAACAUGAACAUAAUACAUAAUUUCAAAACGAUGUAACAGGUUACAUGCAAUAUUAUUUUCAGGACUUCCUUUGAUAAUUAAU